AUGACCUCCACGGAAGCCGUGCCACCGCCGAAUACGGCGGAGUUUUGGAUUAAACACCUGCAACUGAUGCCGCACCCGGAGGGUGGCUACUUUUCCGAGGUGGUGCGCAGCGCGCACCAGGUGGACAACGAGGAGGGCAACCGCCGCCACGCCUACACGAGCAUUUACUUUCUCUGCACCCCGGAGAGUCCCUCCCACCUGCACCGCCUCUGCUCGGACGAGACGUGGAUGUACCACGCCGGCGACCCGCUGGAGCUGCAUUUCAUUCUGAAGGAUUCGCAAGACGAGGACCGCAUUGCCGCACAGCCUCCCGCAGCACCACAAGCGGAGACGGACGGCGCAGAUGCGCGGCCGCCGUACCAGGUGUACCGUCGUGUCCUAGUUGGCGCGCGCAUAGAGAGGGGUGAACUGCUGCAGUACACCGUUCCUGGUGGGGCCAUCUUUGGCAGCUCCGUGGCCACAGACGGUGAGGAUGCGCAGGCUGGCUACUCGCUUUUGAGCUGCAUCGUGAGUCCCGGCUUCGACUACCGCGACCUAGAGAUCUUCACGCAGGCGCAGCUGAUGGAACUGUGCCCGCAGCACGAGGCGGUCAUCAAGCAGAUGGCCUACGAGACGCUACCGAAUAAUUCGCGCUUGCAUAAAACAAGAAUCUAG